AGCCCUGUUGUCAGCUUAAUUGUCGGUCCCGACCAUCGUCUCUUUGUUGCCCACGAAGAUGUACUCGCCCGGGCUACUUUCUUUGAUGCUGUACUUGAGGAUCAGUUGAUCGAGAACAACUUGAACAAAGUGGUGGCUCUACCAGACGAGGACCCAGAAAUCGUCUCCUGCAUCCUCGAGUUCCUUUACAAGGGCGACUACUACCCGCGCCUCCUACGCAGGGAAGGUCCUGAAUCUCCUGGCACGUAUGCUAGUGAUGAUCCCCUGGCUCCCGGCCCCAACACUUCCCCCACUGCAACCUUCUACCACCAUCGCGCGGGGCUCAUCCUCCGCGACACGGCCAUCUACUGCGCCGCCGAGCACUACGGGCUUCCCGAGGGCCUCAAGCGUCUGGCCUUGCGCAAGCAGGGUCUGAGGGUUGGGGUCCCUGUAGAUGUGAUCCUGCGCUCCGCGCGCUUCACCUACGAGCAUACGCCCGAGUCGGAGGACCGGCUGCGCGCGCGGUAUCUGGCGAUGAUCAUCCGGUCGCGGGCGGUGUUCAAGGCCAGCGGGACCAUGCAGUUGGAGAUGGAGCGGGGCCAUCCGUUCUUUUUUGAUUUGUUUGUCGCUAUGUGUAAUCAUGUGGAUGAUUUGGAGGAGAGGGUGAAGUUGGCUGAGGUGAGUUUUGCAUAG